CUUGGCUUUGCUAUGUUCUUAUCAUGGAACACCUCAGCAACCCUUCAUAAGGAGUGGAGAGAACGUCAGAAGAAACGUCAAAAUAUAAAAGAAUGCAAUUCCUUUAUAAGAAUACUAACAAAAAGGCGAAGUGUUUUAUUUAAAAAAAUCAGAUAAAAAUUUUGUGUGUUAAAUUAUUUUCAAUGUAUGAAAAAUGGCUUUUACAUAAACAUUGCGUAUUUUAUGUAAUGCGCUGUUGAGUCAUAACUGAUAUCUCUCUCGCAUGCAGACUUCGGUCACCGGGAAAUAGGAAAAAUUUCAUUCUGAAACAGAGUUCUUACUAAAUAUCAAACCAACACUCUAUUCUUUGUGUACCGCGCGUCUUGCAUAUAAACUCUGUUCAGCGGGAAAUAGAAUAAUUUGAUAUAUUUAAAAUACACAUAUCUACUGCACUUGAGAAGCUUUUUGGUUACGUACAUAGAAACAUAUUUGAGCAACACAUUUUAGAUAAGAACGUUACGCUGGAAAAAAUUAUGAACCUGUGUUCUUCUGCCGGAGCAAUAGCAUCAACAACUUCUCUGACUUCGGAGGAUACGGCCAUAGCGAAUAGUGCUAACAUUAGCGGUAGAAAUAUAGUUGGCGGAGUUUUGACUACACAUUGCUUUGGGAGUAAUAGCAGCAGUAGCUGCUCCGCAGCUAUAACGACGAGUCUCUCAAAUAAUCAGACACAUAGUGGCAGUGCCAGUGGCAGUGGCGCCAGCGGUAAUAAUUUUGGAAAUAACAACGAAAUGCCACCGGAAACGCGUCCGAAGAUGGUGACUGUUAAGCACCCAGAAUCAAAUAAACCCAAGCCAACGACCAAGAAAAGUAAACCAAUACAAGCAGACCAGGAUGUUGUUAAGGCUCUUCAACGCUGUCGGGAAGAAGGCAUAAAACGAUUGGAUUUAAGCAAGUCGUCCGUGACAGUUAUACCAACAUCGGUAAAGGAAUGUAUUCAUCUAACGGAACUAUAUUUAUAUAGCAACAAAAUCAGCCAAUUGCCUUCUGAAAUAGGAUGCCUAGUGAACUUAAAGACUCUAGCAUUAAAUGAGAACUCACUGACAUCCUUGCCAGAAUCGUUACAAAACUGUAAACAGCUUAAAGUGCUUGAUUUGCGUCAUAAUAAACUUGCAGAAAUUCCGGCGGUUAUUUAUCGUCUACGUUCACUUACAACAUUGUAUUUACGUUUUAACCGUAUUACCGCUGUGGCCAUUGAUAUACGCAAUCUAACAAAUUUAACUAUGCUGAGCUUACGUGAGAAUAAAAUAAGGGAAUUGGGACCCGCUAUUGGUGCAUUGGUGAAUUUGACUACACUCGAUGUAUCUCACAACCACCUUGAACAUUUGCCUGAGGAAAUUGGGAAGUGUGUGACUUUGAGCGCGCUUGAUUUGCAGCACAACGAACUAUUAGAUAUACCAGAGACUAUUGGAAACUUAAAAAGUUUGGUACGAUUAGGUUUGAGAUACAAUCGACUUACAAGUAUUCCUGCAUCAUUGAAGAACUGCAAGUUCAUGGACGAGUUUAAUGUAGAAGGCAAUGGUAUAACACAAUUACCUGAUGGACUUUUAGCUAGCCUUAAUGCGCUCACAAAUAUCACAUUAUCGCGUAACUCCUUCACUAGCUAUCCGACUGGUGGUCCUGCUCAAUUUACCAACGUCUACAGCAUCAAUCUGGAACAUAAUCGCAUCGACAAAAUACCAUAUGGAAUAUUUUCCCGUGCAAAAGGUCUCACAAAACUCAAUAUGAAAGAGAAUGUGCUUACAGCCCUACCACUCGAUAUCGGAACUUGGGUUAAUAUGGUCGAACUGAAUUUAGCAACAAACGCUCUACAAAAACUACCUGAUGACAUAAUGAACCUGCAAAAUCUUGAAAUUUUGGUGCUAUCCAAUAAUAUGCUAAAAAAAAUUCCAAAUACCAUAGGUAAUUUACGCAAAUUGCGUAUUCUUGACUUGGAGGAGAAUCGUAUCGAAGUACUCCCCAACGAAAUUGGACUAUUGCACGAAUUGCAAAAACUCAUAUUACAAACUAAUCAGAUAUCGAUACUUCCACGUAGUAUUGGCCAUCUCAGCAAUCUCACGCAUCUAUCAGUGAGCGAAAACAAUUUACAGUACCUGCCCGAAGAGAUUGGUUCAUUGGAGAACCUUGAAAACCUAUAUAUCAAUCAAAAUCCUUGUUUAGAAAAGCUGCCAUAUGAACUGGCACUAUGUCAGAACUUGAAAUACUUAAAUAUAGACAAAUGUCCCUUGAGUACCAUACCACCUGAAAUACAAGCCGGCGGCCCAUCAUUGGUUCUUCAAUGGCUGAAAAUGCACUCGCCCUACAGGCAGAUGUGAGUCAGUAGUUUUGGAGAUGUUACCGAUAGUGGUGGUACGCGAUGGCGCACAUUUUAUACAAGCAACGACUGCUACUUAGAGUUUGAACUGGAGGCGGAAGCGGAAAUACAACGACGCUAACAACGCCGCACUUGGAAAUGCACCAUUAUUUGAGAUCAUUUCUUGAACACGACCGAUGAUGCAUUUCCGAUAAUGUCAUCGUAAACACAAACUAUUAUUUAAAAUAUAAUUAAUUAAUUAUUAUAGUUACAUAAAUAAAAAUUAUACCAUAUUAUUUGCGCCGAAGGCCUAUGUGCAGGAUUGUGCUCAUAUAUUAGCGCACUAAUAAUUUUAUUAUUGAAACCUUUGUAAAAUAAAUAUAAUAAUAAUAAUAAUCAAAAAAAUUGUAAUACAAAAUAAUUAUAAUGACGAUAAUAAUUAUAACAAAUUUUCAUGUAACACAUAAUAAUGAUAAUUGUAUUAACAUAUAUGUAUGAACAUAAUUAUAUGUAUGUAUCUUAAAAAACGAAACUUGCAAACGACGAAUAUGACGAGUGGAGUUUAGCAUAUGCAACUCCCUCGCAUUAAUUAUAAAACGAAUUGAAAACAAUAUUUUCUGUUGUAAAAUUGUGUGAUGAAACAAAACAUAGCUUUAAAAAUGCUUCAGAAAUUGAAUGUUUAGUUGAUUGAAAAAUAUAUAUACAUACGUAAAUACACACCUAUACAUAGAACUAAAAAUGAUUAUGCAGAAAAAGUUAGGUUUUAUAAACACAAAAAAAAAAAAUAAUGAAAAAACAAAUUAACUAUCGCCCGUAUUCUUGAAUCUAUCGUAGUUUUGACCUUCGUAGAUGUUACAAAAAUGCGAUUCCUGAAUCCGAUUUAGCAAGAAAGUAAAUUUUAAACCUGUCUUUAGAUUAUGUUUCGAAUUUGUGUGGUGGAUAAGUCAGGUUCUGAAAUUGUGCUCUCGUGAUCGAUAACACGAUAGAUUCAAAAUAUGAGUGUUACAUAUAUGCCAUGUCUAUGUACAUAUGCUUGGAGUGUUAGAAUAUGUGUUACUCCUUCUUAAGAACACAUCAAAUCAUUCUGCUAAAUUCCGUUACAUUUUGGCAGGAAAAAUUUGAAGAAAGAAAAUCGUUCUCGAAAGCUUUUGGUUACGUGUGAAUAUAAAAUGGAUAGAAACUGCUAUUAAAAUGUAAAGUCAACCACGAAAUAAAAGUUUGUAUGUACGUAUUUAUUUUUAUGAACGGCCCAAAAUGCAGUAAAAAGGUAAUGCAGGACUAAAGAAACCAUAUUAUGUGUAUAAUUGUAAAUGUUUGAUGUAUGUUGUGUUCUGUACCACUAGUAUUUUAUAUACAUAAUAAAUAUUAUAUAAUAUUUAGUUGAAA